UGCUCUGGAUGAACAUACAGAAAGCAUCAACCUGCCGUGGAGAUCGGAGGCUAUGUCGAAACAGCAGAGCAUUUCGUUGUCAGCGAGAUUCUUCAUGUCGGGAGGGUCACCGACGCCAUUGCUUCUGCUUAUUUGGUUAUAUAUACCAGGCAAACCACAGCGUGGUCGACACCAUUGCAGCUCAGUUUCCCUCCAGUAUUCUUGUCAUCUCCAGUUCCAGUCAUGGCUUCCAUUCUCAGAUCUGAAAGUUUGCCAUCCAGCCUUCGCUCUGACAAAAUCAACAUCGAAGAACAGCUGCAGAGCCUCAAGGCAACCAUCUCCUCCGCUACCAUUGAGACAAUUGCCGAUGGUAUCACGAGGCUUGGAGGAGUGUACACCACCAUUGAGGAGAUGAUGUGCUCACCAAGUGGCCAACUCAGCCUUUGCCAGCCGAAACAGAGGAAAUCGGUGGAGCAAGAGCUUGAGAAGUCCCUCAUCUUGCUUGACCUCUGCAACAGCAUCCAAGAGAACAUUUCUGAGCUCAAAACAAGCAUCCAGGAGAUGCAGCUGGUCAUCAAGAGAGAAGAUGACUCCGCUAUUCAAGCCAAGAUCCAGUCUUAUAUCCGCUUGGCUAAGAAGGCGCAGAAACAGUUCAAGAAGAUCAGCAAGAAGCCCACUUCAGUUGAUCGGGACAACUGCAGGGUUGUCAGGCAAUUGGCAGAAGCUAGAGAGAUUGCAAUCUCCAUGCUUGAAUCCUUGACAUAUCUCCUAUCAAAGCAAAUUGCGACGCCAAGCUCUAGCAGAUGGUCCAUUGUCUCCAAGACUUUCCACAAAAGAAGAUUAACAUGCGAGGAGGAGAAAUUGCAGCAGAUGGAAUUGGUCAUUGUUGAUCUUGAGAGCGGAGUUGAGACUUUGUUCAGGAAAUUGAUCCAGAGCAGAGUUUCUCUCCUCAACACUCUCAGUUUGUAGAUAGAUGGUGCACCAAUCCUGUUUCCCUGAGAUUGGCAUCCGCCUUUUAGAGGAUCUGCUGAUCAACAUACAAUUUUGUAGUUUAUCAGUAAAUGAGCAAUUGUACAGAAAAAUUACUGAAAAGAAAGUCAGUUUUUGGUCAA